AUGCGCGAUGAACCGAUAAACCCCAAAACAACAUCAGGAAGAGUCGGAUAUGACUCAGUCACAUCCCGACCCCGAAUUUCCUCGGAUCCAACAUCACCAGACAUAUCAAACGACUCAACCUCAUCUUUUGAACAAGACACCUCGAUGCUCCAGAACAUUAAUGAAUUCUUGAACUUCUCUUCAGCAGUUGAAGAAAACAAAACCAGCACACCCUCCCUUUCCCCAUCCUCCUCCAAAACCUCUAUCAUACCCACGAGAUCAAACACAAAACCACGACCCAACCAAUCAUCCAGAAACCAUAGCAUACAACACAACGAAAAUAUACCCCCUACAAAAACCUUCAACCCAAGAUCGUUACCAAUCAUUCAAAGAUCACAGAAAAAACUUCACAACCUCCUGAAUACCAACGAACUUCUCCGAAAUCGAAUCACAUUCCUGAAAGCAAACCUUAAUCAAACCGCGCUCCUGAAAACCACCUCUCAAAUCACGCAAAAAGAUUUUGAGAACAAACUUAAGAAUUCCACCGGCGAUAAAAAAAUCCGCGUAAUUUUGCUAUCACAAAGAAUCCCAACUGAUAAUACCCCCGAAGAAAGAGACCCAAACUUCUCCAUGGUCAUCAAGGGGGUACCCAAUGAUAUCACCCUUGAUGACCUUGAAGAGGCUAUCGAAUCCCUCAACUUUCCUAUAAUCAAAUGUUGGAGAAUCACAUUUCGCGCAACAAAUCAACCUACCACCCUAAUCAGAGUAAUAACCGACUCAGAAACGCACUAUUCCAACUCCCUAAACCUCGGUAUUUCUUUCUUCGGAAUGAACUACUAG